GACCUCGCAGAGCGCCGCCGGAUUCCGCCCUCCUCACAGCGCGCCGCCUUCCUCAUCUUCCCCCAUAUCAACAGAGCAACCAUCUUCCUGCCCAACGACACCGAACCACCUCCAAGCCGGAGCGCCCUCUCCCAAAGAAGACCGGCCACGCCCGAAUUCUGCUCUUCUUCUUCAAGUCCGGCUAACUUUACCGGCGUCUUCUCCAGUGAGGCUUAGAAUGGAGCCCAAUCACCCUAGACCAGAGGAGGUGGAGGAAUAUCACAUGGUAGUCAGUCAGGAAUUUGGAAGCGAAGAAGAUAUGAGUUCUAUAACAGCUAUGCAAAAGAAAAAGGAUUUAGCAUCAGGCGUGAUGACAAGGAGUGCAUGCCUGGUACGGAAAUGGUAAUACAAAGGCGAUUUUGCUGCUAUAAGCAAGGGCACCGUUUGCUGAAGUACUUUAAAGCAUCUAAUAAGAAAAGGAAGCUAAGACCUCUCACCUUUUGCGGUUGUCAAGCGAUGAUUGAGAUCAAGCGGAAUGCACACACUGGCGUAUGGUUUGUGAACAAAUUUGUGGAUGAGCAUGCCCAUCCUUUGGCAAGCCCUGAUGACGUAUGUUUUCUACGGUCUCAUAGUCGGCUAACCGAUGCCCAGAAAGCCGAUGCGAUUGAAUAUGGAGUUGGUGGCCUUCGUUCAUAUCAGAUAAUGGAAGUUAUGGAGAAGCAGCAUGGAAGUUAUGCAAAAGUCGGGUUUGUUUCCAAGGACUUGUAUAACUUCUUUGCGAGGCACAAGAAGAGGAGGAUCUUAGGGAGAGAUGCUCAAUUUUUGCUAAAUCACAUGAGGGCACAAGAAGAACGCGAUCCAGAAUUCUUCUUCAAAUACACCGCAGAUGGCGAUGGUUGCCUGAAAAAUAUAUUCUGGGCAGAUUCGCAGUCAAGGAUGGAUUUUUUUUUGCAUUUGGUGUCAUUGUGGUGUUUGACAGCACGUACCGAGUUAACCGCUACAAUCUCCCGUUUGUGCCAUUUGUUGGAGUGAAUCAUCACCGUAGCGUGGUUAUCUUUGGUUGUGAUAUUGUUUCUGAUGAGACCUUCUCGUCCUAUGAGUGGCUCCUGCAGACGUUUCUAGAGGCCAUGAACUGGAGGCAUCCUAGGUCUGUGAUCACUGAUGGGGAUGUUGCAAUGAGAAAAGCAAUUAGGAAGGUUAUGCCGGGGACAAACCAUCGGUUGUGCAGUUGGCAUAUUGAACAGAAUAUGGUACGCCACCUGCGUGGUCCCAUGCUUACUGAAUUCAGGAAAUUCAUCUACUAUCCAAUGGAAGAGUAUGAAUUCGAAAUACGCUGGGCUCGGUUUGUGGAAAAGCAUGAGAUCACAGACAAGAAUGUCUGGAUAUCCAAGAUGUACAAACUGAGGAAGAAGUGCUCCAAGGAAUGGAGAGGUACAUGGAGUUGCUGGACGCAACUGAAGAUAAUACGGCACACACAAAUGAUAUAUGGACAGAUUUCAAGGUAUCAACCUGGAAAAGAAAGUUCAUACGUGGGCUGCCACAGCAGAGAGAUGGUUCCUCAUGCGGCUUGUUCAUGCUUAAAUUUAGGAAGAACUGGUUGGGAGAAAAGUUACAGGAGAGAUUCACGCAGCGCCAAAUUGAUACAUUCAGAAAGGAGUUACCAUGCACGCUGCUCCGCUGUAAUCUGAACAAGGCGCCAUAUAUGGACAGUCCUCCAGAGGGAAACUCUCCUCAAAUAUCUAAUGGCGGUCUAUCCAAAGUUCAAGAAGUUGAUGCAGUCGGAAACCCUAUGAUAUCUAACGGCACUAGUGCUGAGUAAUAGACUAUUAAGUUUUUUUGGUGUUCCCGUGAGAACACCACCACAUGUAUAGAAUCAGCAUCAUAGUUUGUAGUAGUAUUGCAUUUUUGAGCGUUGCAAAGAAUGCAUUUUUGUAGUAGUAUUCCAUAUUUCAGAAUGAUUUUUAGAAUGAUAAGGAACUGCUGCCGUGUUGUAUAGUUGGGGAAAAAGAUGCAAGUGUGUACUAACCUGGGUUUCACUC